AUGGCGCCAAGCAGGAAGAUGUUUUAUUUUGUCUUUGCCUUUUUCUUCAUUUUGGCUCAAUUUCCACCAGGGUGCCAGGCAGGACUCGAGUAUUCCCAGCCACUUCCAGCAGGUGACUUUGCUCCUUGCGAGCCAUGCAGGCUCGGCCGGGGCAAAUGCAGGAAGAUGUGCGCGGAGGACGAGAAGAUUGUUGGGAAUUGCAAGGUGAACUUUUUCUGUUGCCGACGGAGGGUCCAGUAA